AUCGUGCGGCCACAAUACCUUUUAAUUCACGUUUCCUUCGGACACAUUUAUGGUUGUACAAAAACAAAGCAAGCCACCUGAAACUUUGCGCACUUGCAUGUUGCUACAUCUGCGUUUUAAUUUGGUUUCGUGAGGCACAUUAUUAGUACCUCUUCAUGUAGUCGAUUCAACUCCGCGGAAAGGCUGAAACAGCUUUGUGCCAUGCGAAUACGUAUUAUUAGCCAUGCAAACUGAGCAAGACCAUGAACUGGUUAAAUUCUAUACCUGCAGUUGUUUUUGCACGGAUAAUAUUUUUCUAGAGGAAUACAAGCUUCAUGUUCGGUUUAUAUCUGAGCAGCAAUUCCGAACAGAUUAUCGAGAGGUCUUAACAACUCGUGGCUGUUCAACUGACAUACAAUUCCAGGAAGUCCUUAAAAAGAUUGAAACAGAAGUCGAAAGGCGCCGACAGCUUUGCGUGAAAUCAGCAGAGAGAGCUGCCACCAUUAAAGAACUUUACAAACCACUUCAUAAAGAGCUGUACUUCUUACAGGAAUCCUACUUGGCGCCUGAAUUUCUGAAAAUCGUGAACUACUGCCGUUCAGAUGGGGCCAGUGAACAGGGCUUGCUGGAAUUCGUUUGGCCCUUACCAGCAAAAAGAGUGUAUCGGUUCCCUGUGUUCAGUGAGAAGUUCUGUAAGGAGUUGAUCGAAGAGCUGGAGCAUUUCGAGCAGUCUGAGGCUCCAAAGGGCAGACCCAACACCAUGAACAACUACGGGAUCCUGCUUAACGAGCUGGGGUUUGAUGAGGGAUUCAUUACGCCUCUCCGUGAGAAGUACCUGAGGCCCGUGGCGGCGCUCUUGUACCCGGACUGCGGGGGCCACUGCCUCGACAGCCACAAGGCCUUCAUGGUGAAGUACGCCAUGCAGGAGGACUUGGAUCUCAGCUAUCACUACGACAACGCCGAGGUCACUCUCAACGUCUCCCUGGGCAAAGAGUUCACCGAGGGAAACCUGUACUUUGGAGACAUGAGACAAGUUCCUCUGAGCGACUCGGAGUGCGCGGAGGUGGAACACCACGUGACGGAGGGUCUGCUGCACCGGGGGCAGCAGAUGCACGGCGCGCUGCGCAUCUCCUCCGGCCAGCGCUGGAACCUCAUCGUGUGGAUGCGCGCCUCGCGCGAGCGCAACAAGCUCUGCCCGAUGUGCGGCAAGAAGCCACGGCUCGUGGAAAGCCAGGGUUUCGCGGACGGCUUCACCGAUGACUCGCAGACGGGAAUUUUUCAAAAUACGUCGUCGUGCGCCUUGACUUAGCGCCGCGUGCUACGAGUAAGAAAGUAUUAGCACGUCUGAGCAAACAUUUCAGUUACCGCUUAUGCGCAAUGUGCGAACAGCCGUUUUAUGUUAAUUGCGCUGCGAGCGUAAUCUUCUUAAUCUCCCCAGGGCGGGUGCCACAUAUGGUGCACUAAUUUGGAAGUGUGAGUCCGGAAUUGUUACAGAAGUGAACAGAUGCUACCUACCGACUAAUUGUGUUGUUGUCUAUGCUGUUUUAAUUAACAUGAUACCUAUUCACUUUGUAACCGAAAAUUGUGCAUAAUUAAUUUAGUUGUACUGUGUGCCUUUUUGCACUUUUACACUUGCAGACAUACCUAAAGACAACUUGUCCUUUGGUCGGAUGAUGAAUGUAAUAACAAGAAUAAGAGAAAUAAUAAUGACAAAGAACAGCCUUUGCAGAAAAUACGCAUAUAAAAAAUUACAGUAAUUUUGUGCUGGGGUAAGAAAUUUAGCUACCGUGAAGACAGUAUAUAUCAGCCGACAGUUGAGAUGCUAUGUGAUAUACAAAACAUACAAAAAAGCAAUUGCUUUCCCUACCUUAUAAAUGGCAGUUGGUAUACCGAUUAAAUGCACUUUUAAAGACAUUCUCCUGCUGAUCCCAAAUGAACAGUACAAUAUGUGUUAACUUAAUUGAAAUAAAACAUAAUUUUAAAAAAAGUU